AGUAUACCCCUCUCGUUGUUCGAAAUUGAACCCAUACAUUCACUCGUCGUUUUGUCCUUGGCUCGAUUAUUGGUCACCUCAAACACCGAAUCUAUCAAUUGUGGUUCGGCAGGUUGAUCUUUCAGCGCAGUAAAGCUUAAGCGGCCAAAUUCUUUGGAGGCGCCAAGCCAUGCGCGCAGGUCUUGUGUACCUUCCUUUCACCUUCUGUCUCCUCGCAGCGUUUGAGUCCGGGGAAACCAGCUGGUGGUCCUGGGUUUUCCGCUGCUGUUUUCUUCGUAAACUCUGUUCUUCCAUACAUUGCUCUUCGAAGUGCGCACGAUGUGGAGUGUGUGCUGGUCUAGCAAUCCACACUGGGGAUUUUUGCUUUUUCCUUUUAUGCUACCUAUUUUGCUUGGUUGGUAUGGUUGGUCUAUGCUUCUCUCGUGUCUUAACUUCUAUUUUGAUAUACUGGAAUGGUGGCGUUGCGGGAUACUGAGCUAAUAGAGGGAUGGGGUUGACAAAUGGAUGUGAAGUAGACAUUGACUAGAUGUAAUAAAAGCGAGGCAAUUACAUUCUGAU